GUGGGGAUUUAUCCGUGUUGUUACCACAGAGAUGAUGAUACGCGUUAUUUGCUCCACUGUCCACGGAGGACUUUCGCUGUUUAUCGGAGGAUUGUUUUGGAAAUAAAAGCCACGUCCGUGGGAGCAUACUCCAGAUUAUCCACCAUGAUGCCAUCCCGUCCGUGAAAUUUUAGAAGCAUGCAUACGACACGCAGCGCCUCGUCUGUCCCGCCGUGUUCUUCUGGUGAUGCUGUGGACCUCAGCCUGUUGGGCUCUCGGCUCUCCAUAUCCAAACGGCCCAGCAGCGCGUCUCCAGGGAAGCACUUCUCUCGGUCGGUGUCGGUGUCUGUGGCCGCUGAUGGCAGAGGGAAGCGCAACACGCUGAGCGACACCAACUCCGGGAGCUGCCGUUCCAUCAAGAACCUACGGCGAUCCAACAGCACCACUCAGGUCAACCAGCAGGCCAACCUUGGUUUAAGUCAGGAGCAGAGUGGGGACUACCUGACUCUGUUCGACAGCGGCUCCAAUGGGCGAAAGAAGCUGGCGAGCCUCAGUAAAACCUCCCCAGAGAGAACCACAUGGAACAUCCUGGACGAUCAGCCCAGAAUCUUCCCGCCGCAUGCGAGCUCCCGCAGCACCGGCAGCAUGGACUCUCCGACCAGCCUGAAGAAAAAAGAGCCUGGCAUCCCGCUGGCUGCCACCUUCACCGCCAACAACAGGAGCAACAAAGGAGCCGUGGGGAACUCAGUCACCACCAUUUUACACAACAACUACUCUGAGAAGCCUCUCACACCAAAGAGCUCAAACCAGAAGCCCUCCUUCAACAACAUCCUAAAGGCGACGGCGAACGACGAGGUGCAGCUAGAGAACGGCUCUGUCACAAAGUCCCAGAAGAACUUCUCUUCCUCGUCCUCCACCUCCAACAACAGAUCUCCGGUGUCUGCUCAGCGCUGCAGCCCGGUCCCGCCGCGGAGGAGGGAAGUCACAGAGCAGGAGGCGGAAAGGUUUAUCCAGCAGGUGAACCAGGCCGCGGUCACUAUCCAGCGCUGGUACAGACGCCUCAGCAGGAGGAAGCACAGCCACCAGGCUGCCCUUGAACAGAUCCUCACCAAUAAAAGAAAGGAGUGGGAGGAGAAGAGAGAGGAGGAUGAUCAUCUGCAGCAGCAGCAGCACAGGAGAGCUGAAGAAAGGAAGCGGAUUCGUGAGGAGAAGGCUCGACUCGCCCGUCUCGCUGCCAUUCAGGAGCUGCAGCAGAAAAGAGCGCAGCGAACCUCAGAAGUGCAGCAAGCAGCAGAGUCGGAGCUGGAAAACCUGCGGCAAACGGGGGCUGUGGGACGAAAGAAGCAGCCCAAGAUUGCCGUCGCCAACAAAAGCCCGACAUCACCGAACAACAACAGUUCCCCGAUGUCGCCCACCGACACCAAGACUAAGAACACAGACUCCAAUUUAAACAUCCCAGCUGAUUUUGGAGAGCUGAGUUUCAGAGCCAUUUCUCCAGCUUUGUCCAGUAACAAAGGGUCACAGUGCUCUCAGGAGCUGCAGCAGAAACCAGUACACCGAGCAGCAGAGGAACAGACAUCCGAAGUGGAGCUUGAAUAUCAGAGGAAAGCUGGAGCAGGAGGACGGAAGAAGCUUCUCAGGAUCCCACCGACCAACAACAGUCUAGCCCCACUGAGCAGCAACAACAACCCAAAGUCUCCCACAGACAACAAAAGCAAGAACACAGACUUUAAUCUAAAUGUCGUAAAUGACGGAACGGAUCUCGGGUUCAGAGCAGUUUCCCCCGUUUGCUCACAUCACAGAAGUUCCCAGGACCUCCUGCAGAGGUCAGUGAGUGUGGAGGACCAGCGUCACGGAGCUCCGUCCAGCCGACCUCAGUCCAAAACCACCCUGAAUGAGCUGCUGGACACCCUGAAGCUUUUGGAGGAGGAGCCGGAGAAACUGUCAGAGCCGAGGUGUUAUCAGAAGGAGAAGUACGCCUGGAUAGAUGAGGACGGCGACUCUCUGACCACGGACAACCUGGAGCGCCACGGCCAGCUGAGUCAGAAUCCCGUGCUGCCAGAUGGGGGCGCUCUGCUCUCUGAGGCCAAGCUGCAGAGCAUCAUGAGCUUCCUGGAUGAGAUGGAGAAGUCGGAGCAGGAACGGCCACGCUCGGUCACCUCUGGGUCACAUAGAGAGGCCGUCUUGUCUGAGGAGGAGCUGGUUGGCAUCGAUCACGUGUCGGCUACUGCUGCUGAAGUCAGCAGCUCCAUGAUGAGGAUCAAACUGGAGCUGGAGGAGAAGAAACGCACCGUCAACAUGCUGCAGGCUGCAUUGGCUCAGCAGAGGGAGCUGACAGCAAGACACGUGAAGGAGACGGAGAAAGAGCUGAGCAGAAACUUCCAGCUGCAGAAGGAACAAUAUGAAGCCACCAUCCAGAGACACCUGACCUUCAUAGACCAGCUGAUCAAUGAUAAAAAAGCUCUGAGUGAGCGCUGUGAAGGCGUGGUGGCCGAGCUGAAGCACGUGGACCAGAAGUACACCAAGAAGAUUGCGCACAUGCAGCAGCAGCACGAAUUGGUGUGGCAAAUUCUUGGCCCCUUGUGUGAGGAGAUUAAAAAGCUAAAGGACCUGAUGAGCGCCACGGAGAAGAUCCGCAGAGAGAAAUGGAUCGAUGAGAAAACCAAGAAGAUUAAAGAGAUUACAAUCAAAGGACUGGAGCCGGAGGUCCAGAAGCUCAUCUCAAAGCACAAACAGGAGCUGAAGAAGCUGCGGACGUUGCACGAAGCGGAGCUGCUGCAGGCCGACGAGCGAGCGGCUCAGAGAUACGUGCGGCAGAGUGAGGAGCUGCGGCAGCAGCUGGAGACGGAGAAGGAGGAGCAGUGUCGGAGGGAGAGGGAGCUGGCCAAGCAGAGGUACGAUAAGCAGCUGCAGGAGGAGGAGCUGUCUCUGCAACAGCAGAGGAGGCGGCUCUACAAGGAAGUAGCCGAUGAGAAGGAAAGGGUGGUCGAGCUGGCCGCCAGGCAGCGAGGCGAGCUGGAGGAGCUGCGGCGGCAGCUGGAGGAGAACAGCUCGCUGGCCAGUCGAGCCCUCAGAGAGGAGAUGGAUAAGAGCCGGGAGGAGCAGGAGAGGAGGCACCAGAUGGAGAUGAAGAUACUGCAGGAACGUUUGGAUGUUGAGAAGCAGACGUGGGAAGAAACCUACAAGAAGAAAGAGGAAGCCUGGAUGCUGAGCCGUGAGCGCGAGCUGAAGGAAGAGCUGCGGCGAGAACGAGACAAAGAGAUCGAGAUCGCCAUCUGGACGCUGGAGGAAGAGACGAGCAAGGACAAGGAGGAGUGUGAGCGGGCCGCAGACAACAAGAUAAGGCGCCUGAAGGAGAAGUACGACGCCGAGCUGAGGGAGCUGGAGCGCUCGGAGCGGGCCGCCGUGGAGAAGCAGCAGGAGGCGAGGAAGCAGCAGGUGGAGGCACAGGGAGAGCUGAUCCGACUGCAGGCCGCUCUCAGACAGAAGGAGCAGGAGGUCCAAGAUGUCACGCAGACCAGAGACAAGCUGGCCGAGGAGCGUGGCACCCUGGCCGAAGUGAUACGGCAGGAGUUCGCAGACCGCCUGGUGAUGACAGAGGAAGAGAACCGCAAGCUGAAAGUGGAGGUGUCGGAGGUCAGAGCAAGGCUGCGGUUGGAGCUGGAGAGGAUCACCCGCGAGAAGGAGGAGGAGCUGGCCGAAGUCCACCAACGGGUAAAGUCAGCCAUCUUGAAGAAGGAAGAAACUGUGAAUAAUCUCCGUAAGCAGUAUGAGGCUGCUGUGAAGAGGGCGGACCACCUGGAGGCUCUGUGGGAGCAGCAGAGGAAGCAUCUGUUGGAGAAGUGACUGACAGGAGCGUCUGGUCCAUCCCCACCCCCUUUCAGCUGGUGGAGGUAUUUUCUACCUGCAAGACUGAACCUGUGGAAGGCUUAAAAUGUGACCUACCUCAUUGUGAAAAAA